CUCCCCCCGCACGUCCCGGUCCCGCCACCCGCCCCCGCUGCGGCCCUCACACCGGUCUCCCCUCGAAACCACAGAUCAUCUUCGGAUUCUUCCCCAGAAGCUUCAAGUAGGGAUAUGUCCUCAGCACCAUCUACUCCUCCAUCAGUGGAUAAAGUAGACGGAUUUUCUCGGAAGUCCGUCAGAAAAGCCAGACAGAAGAGGUCGCAAAGUUCCUCACAGUUUAGGUCUCAAGGCAAGCCUAUUGAGUUAACACCUCUGCCGCUGCUAAAAGACGUUCCAUCCUCAGAGCAGCCUGAACUGUUCCUAAAGAAACUUCAGCAGUGCUGUGUCAUUUUUGACUUCAUGGACACGCUAUCUGAUCUUAAAAUGAAAGAAUACAAGCGCUCCACUCUUAAUGAACUGGUGGACUACAUUACAAUAAGCAGAGGCUGUUUGACAGAGCAGACUUACCCUGAAGUAGUUAGAAUGGUAUCUUGCAAUAUAUUCAGAACUCUCCCUCCUAGUGACAGCAAUGAAUUUGAUCCAGAAGAAGACGAACCUACCCUUGAGGCAUCGUGGCCACACUUACAGCUUGUAUAUGAAUUUUUCAUACGAUUUUUGGAAAGCCAAGAAUUCCAACCCAGCAUUGCCAAAAAAUACAUAGAUCAGAAAUUUGUAUUACAGCUUUUGGAGCUAUUUGACAGCGAAGACCCUCGGGAACGGGACUACUUAAAAACAGUCUUACACAGAAUUUAUGGCAAAUUUCUUGGUCUUAGAGCAUUUAUCCGAAAACAGAUUAACAAUAUUUUUCUAAGGUUUGUUUAUGAAACAGAACACUUCAAUGGUGUAGCUGAACUGCUGGAAAUAUUAGGAAGUAUUAUCAAUGGCUUUGCUUUACCUCUUAAGGCAGAACACAAACAGUUUCUGGUGAAAGUGUUGAUCCCUUUACACACUGUCAGGAGCUUAUCACUCUUCCAUGCCCAGCUGGCGUAUUGCAUAGUACAGUUUCUGGAGAAAGAUCCUUCACUCACAGAACCAGUUAUUAGGGGGUUAAUGAAAUUUUGGCCUAAAACAUGUAGUCAAAAAGAGGUCAUGUUCCUUGGGGAGCUGGAAGAAAUAUUGGAUGUGAUUGAACCUUCACAAUUUGUUAAAAUUCAAGAACCUUUGUUUAAACAAAUUGCCAAGUGUGUAUCUAGCCCCCAUUUUCAGGUGGCAGAAAGGGCCCUGUAUUAUUGGAAUAAUGAAUACAUCAUGAGUUUGAUAGAAGAAAACUCCAAUGUCAUCCUUCCCAUCAUGUUUUCCAGUCUUUAUAGGAUUUCAAAAGAACAUUGGAAUCCGGCUAUCGUGGCGCUAGUGUACAAUGUGUUGAAGGCAUUUAUGGAAAUGAACAGCACCAUGUUUGAUGAGCUGACAGCCACAUACAAGUCAGAUCGUCAGCGUGAGAAAAAGAAAGAAAAAGAGCGUGAAGAACUGUGGAAAAAACUGGAGGAUCUGGAAUUAAAGAGAGGGCUUAGACGUGAUGGCAUAAUUCCAACUUAACAGAAACAAUGACAGCAACAUCACUAACCUGUGGAGUCACACAUUUAUGUAGUAGAAGAUGGAGCAACAGUUUUCUGUAUUGUGCAACUUUGCAGUAGAUUUCACAUUUGUUUCAUUAUUACAACAGCACUGUAUAUACCUGUCUCUAAGUAACGGCAAAAAAAAAAAUAAGGACUUCAAUCCAAAGUUUGGACAGUAGAUGGACUUCUCAGAACUUUGCAAACAUGAUCAUUGUUCUAACCCUCUUUAAAAAACAAAAAAGCAGUCUUCAAAGAUCUGUUGAUGAAAUUGCUAUGUUAAAAUUCUAUUAUCAGGAGUUCCUUAUUUAUCCUUAGCAGAGAGUAUGAAACAAUUUUCAAAUGUGAACAAUCUUAAAUUUAGCUUGUCUUUCUGCUAAGCUGUUAAAUGUAUUUAUAGUAAUGGAAGAAAAAAAAAAAAGACUGUCAUUUCCUUAUAAGUUUGUAUAACAUCCUCCUCUGGAUAACUUGACUGUAACUUAACAUCUUUUCCUUUUGCACAUCUUCAUGAGUUGAAUGUCCAUGUGGAAUGGGGCCAGGAAUUGUAAAGGUCCCUGAUAAAAGUUUUGUUGGCUGGAGUGAACAUCUUUCCAGUAACCAGGUAGUCCUGGUACUCCUUUAGUUUUAAAAUUAGGAGUAAAAGAGAAGAGGUGAUAAACAUAGUAGGGAAGGGAAUUUUGGAUUCCUGCAUCAAUUUAUGGUGAAUCCAAAUCAAUGUCUUGAAUCCUUUGAAAACAGGCACUGGGACAUCAUAGGCUUCAGUACCUGACCAGUAUUAGUUGCAUACAUCAUUGAGCACACACACCAGAGAUGUUCGAGAAAUGUCAGAAAACAUCUUUUUGGACCAUUUUGUAAUAAGAAAGACAAACACUAAACAGUACAACCAUGAAAUUGAUCUCCAGGAUUGCGAAUCUAAUUGGGAAGAGAGUUGAGCAAACAGCUUGGACUGUUUGGAGUUGUUGCCUUACUUUUUAAUAUGUAUUUAUAAAGUAUUCCAGCAAAAGAGGAUGUAGCCUCUGGGAAAAAACAAACAUAUUACAGUGUUUUUUGUAGAUUCUCGUUCUAUAUCUCAUCACAGCGCCAGCCCUGUUUUUAGCCGGAAAGGAUUCAGGAUAAACAUUACUAUGCAUUCUGAAUUGGAUGCGUAUUCCUAACUACUGUAUUUGUUACCAAAAGUGGUUCUACAAAUGCUACUGAAAAAAAUCUGGAAAUCCCUAAUGUCCUGAGUAUUAAUAAUAAAGUUUAAAAAUGCUUUUCUAUCAAAGGUGCAUUGUGACCAAAUUGUUUAAGAAAAAAAUGAAAUACAAAACAAAAUUUAGGGCUGUAUUAUACAUAUACCUUAUUGGCUCUCUGCUUUGUAUUUAGAAGAGGAAUCUGACAUCUUGGGGAGAUAAAAUGCCGAUGAAAUUUGUGUCCAGUAUGUACGUACCUGAUGCAGUUGCGUUAUUAUGUACUGAAAGAUAACAUGUUUUGGAAUUUAUUUUCAGGAUGGUUUAGCUUGUUAUGGACGUGGCAGCAGUGAGUUGAUAAUCCUAAACCAUCACCUCCAGCAGUAUUCGUGGCAUAGAGCUGAUUCUGUGUUCAUGUACUGAAUUGUGAUAGUAGCAAACAUGAACAUACGAACUAUUGUUGCUCUUAAUAGAAAUAUAAUAUCAACAUGGACUUGUAUAUUCUCUUCCUUCCACUUAAAUAUAAAGUAGAAUAUGCAGUUUUAUUGUUUCCAAGGAAAAGGUGGGGGGGAAAAAGCCGCUGACCUUUCUCCCCUAUUAAGCGUUUCAGGAUUAUCAGGUCACAGUUUGUGCAUAAAAGUCCACUAAGGAUGGAUAUUAUCAUCUCAGUAACUUUGUAAGACAAAAAAAAAAAAAAAAACUUGGCUAUGUGAAUUCUGAAAAAGAAACAGCAGUAAAAGAGUCAUAUGUAACACCCAACACAACAUGGUUUAAUGGAAUGAAGAGAUUAUUUUUUUUAAGAGCAUUAAUGGGGAUUCAGUGUGAAGCUGGCAGGGGCUGCCAAAAUGAAACAACUUACUUUAAAAGUGCCGGAGCAAAGGUGCAAGUUCAAACACUAAAGAUAAAAAAUAAA